UUGGUCGCAGACGGAGGGAAGUGCUUCCUGAUAAUAAAGAGGUGCGUCUUAUUUCCAUUCCAGUGAUUGACUGCGCACGGCUUUCACCGGGCUGGGGGCAUUGACGCAUUGUGGAGUCGACAGGGGGUAGCACUGCAACCCCGGCUUCGCUACACAACGGAGGCAUCUAUCGGCGAAACCGCGAUGGCCGUGGUGCAGCUCGACACGGAGGACCAUCAACCGGAGAACGGCUUCGUGUCCCCCGAAACCACGUCGCCGGGGCUUCUGACACGCAUCGACGGUUCUGUUCUGCCGUUUCUCGGGGGAUUUGGGAAGUACCAGAAACAGCUGAUCGUGCUGACAUGGAUUCCGGCGCUAUUCAUUGGAUUCAGCCAGUACUCUGAUAAUUUCCUCCUCGCCCAGCCGAACAACACAUGUGUGCAGCCUUUGGCGAACCUGACAAAUCAGACUGCCGGUCAUUCCUCGUUGUUAGACAGCCCGAGAAACAUCAGCGCGCGGCCGGCUGCUAUUUAUGCCAAUGGAAGUUACGGCAGCCACAAUGACACGAACAACAUGCAGUGUAGGUGCAGCGAGUGGACGUUCGAGCUGCACACGGGGCUCGUGCAGAAUGUGGUUACCAAGUGGAGUCUGGUGUGUGACUCAGCAUGGAAAGUCCACAUUGCAAAAUUUUCUCUGUUGGUGGGGUCCAUCUUUGGAUAUUUGGUGUUUGGAAUCCUUGCUGACUGGUUUGGCCGCCACCCAGUGCUGAUCAUAUCGGUGCUGUUCAUGCUGGUGUUCGGUCUGACUGUGGCCUUCUCCGUCAACGUCCCCAUGUUCAGCACCCUGCGCUUCUUUGAGGGCUUCUGCCUGGCAGGGAUCACCCUUUCUCUCUACGUCCUCAGGAUUGAGCUGUGCCUCCCGGGAUGGCGUUUUUCCAUGACCAUGGUGGCCAGUUUUGUGGUGUUGGGUGGUCAGCUGCUGAUGCCCGGGGUGGCAUACCUCUGUCGCGACUGGCAGGUCCUCCAGGCUGUCAUCAUCUGCCCCCUCCUGCUGAUGCUGUCCUACAUCUGGAUCUUCCCUGAGUCACUGCGUUGGCUGCUGGCCACUCAGCAGUACUGCCGCUCCAAGUGGAUCAUAGGACACAUAGCAAAGAAAAACCAAGCGAACAUGGAGCUUGAUGCUGAUAAUAUCCUCACAGAACUGCAGAGAGCUCUUCAAAAGAAACCCAAAAAGACGUGCAUUGUGAAAAUGGUCGGGACGAGGAACCUGUGGAAGAAUAUCGUUGUGCUCUGCGUCAACUCGCUAACAGGCUAUGGGAUCCACCACUGCUUCGCCCGCAGCAUGAUGGACCCCGAGGCUCAGGAGACCACCAUGUUCCAUAACUUCUAUGCAGACUAUUACACCAUGGCGGGCAUUGCGGUGGCGUCCUGCAUGGCGCUGUGCCCUGCAGUGGGCCUGAUGGGCCGGCGUGGUGGCCUCCUCAUGUUUAUGAUCAUCACUGCCUUAGCAUCACUGCUGCAGCUGGGCUUGCUUAACUUGCUGGGGAAGUACAGUGUCCAUCUGAACAUAGAUAGCUCAGGCACACUGAAUAAGAACUUCUCCAUCGCCUUCUCCAUCAUCGGCAUGUUUUCCUCGCAUGCAGUCAGCAACUUGAGCAUCUUCUUCUGUGCUGAGAUCACGCCCACUGUGAUCAGGGGUGGUGGGCUGGGCCUGGUCCUGGCCAGCGCCGGUUUCGGCAUGCUGACGGCGCCCAUCAUGGAGCUCCACAAUCAGAAGGGCUAUUUCCUUCACCACAUUAUCUUUGCCUGCUGCACUCUUAUCUGCAUCAUCUGCAUUCUCCUGCUGCCAGAGACACGCUACCAGCCCCUCCCUGAGACCCUGGCCGACGGCGAGAGCUACACUCGUCAACCUCUCCUUCCCCCGAGGAAACCUGGAGAACAGCGCCUCUUGCUGGCCCAGUCCGAGAGCAGCAGGGACUACACCAGGGUGCACGACACCCCACUCCACGAAGCAGCCACCAUUGUCGCGUCCACCAUGGACUCCACCGCGUCUUCGGCUGUCGAUUUGACAGCUCAGUCGGUCGGCGACAUGUCCCCUCCCGCGUUCAUGGAGGUGCACCCCGGCAAGCCGGAGCCUAAAGACCCAAACGGUCACUCACGUUCACCUUUAGCCACCACCCCCAUCACAGCCCUGGGUAAAGAUGGGAUCAUACAUGCCAGUAAAGAGCACCUGCUGUCUUCCACUCCCUUGCACAAAGUCCCGUGUGUCACAGACCCACUUUUAGCCGACGCUGAAGAACCUACAGCAAUAGUUCUUGACUCUGUGGAGUCAAUGACAGAUUCUGCCAUUCCUGAAAUGAAUGACAUUGGUUCUUCCCCUACAAAAGAGUCAGUCGCCAGCCCUGCCCCCUCAGUCGACUCUUCCACUCCCCCCGUCCCUCAAACUGUGCCCGCCUCCUUAUUGAUCUGCACCACACCCAUCAUCGAACCCCCGCCUAGCUCCACAUUAGAAUCCCCCAACCCUCUGGCUAAUGAGAUCAACACCAUCACCUCGAAUUUCGACCCAACUUUGCCCGAGGGCACUCACGCCACUUUAGCAGACUCCCCAACUCCAUCUGUGCAUGACAGUCUCCCUCCAUCUCUUACUCCCUCUCCUGUCCCAAUGACAGACUGCAACAUUUCCACAGACCCUCCACCCUCCAUUAGCGCACACUCUGACAUUUCCAUCCAGUUAGAAAUAGUAGACGAUUCCACAUCCACUCCUUCCACUAGAGCGACCCCACCACCACAGUUAGACUCUGCCUCUCCCUGUGUUAAUGAUACAUCUCCUCGUCCCCCUACUCCCCUUAGUCCAGUCACUGUUUCCCUUUCACCCUCUCCCCCUCCACCCAUUGACUCAGGCCAUAUGCCCUCAGGGGACUCUUCCACUCCCCCUGUCAUAGAUACUGUCACUACCACUGCACCGAUUCCUACCAUCCUCCCCGUCACAGACAUUGUGCACACCUCCACUCCAGAAUCAGCCACUCUGACUCUCACAGACAUUGUUCAGCCUGCGCAGGAUUCAGCUGCUCCCCUCGCCAUAGAUUCAGCACCGACUUCCAUCACGGAUUCAGGCUCUGCAGAAGCGACUCCCCCCUCUCUAAUUGACUGCACUGUCUCCUCCCCCAUAGACUCUGGUGUCCUUUCCAUCAGGGACAGUGCCAGCACGGAAAACAACACUGUCAAUGGUGUGGCGUCAUCAUGAUGCCAUGUUGGCAGCCGGGAAAAGAAGCUUUAUGGUUGCCGUGGAAGCAGCCUAUGCCACACGAAUAAAUGAGGAGGGGGCGCAAACUGUCCUGCUCUGACUUCAGGCGCUCAAUGAAGACUGUCCCCACCUGGAGUUGAGUAGGCAUGUCUUACAGAGCUGCUGUACGUUUCUCAAUGUCCUCCCCCCUUCCUGCAUUUAGCCAAUAAAUGAGACCACGCAAGUGAGAGAGUGCCAGAGGCUGGUUUGUGACAAUGUGACAGUAUCUUCUGCUCUUUUUGAAUGUCACUGGAAAUCACCAGCCUAUAAACUACUUCGAUGUUAAUGAAUGGGAAAUCACUGUCUGUCAUUUUAAAGAGACUUACAACCAUACCCACAAUCACUGAGAGGACUGGUGAAUGAUGCUAAAAACAAACAAAAAAAAUCAAGUCAUUGGUACUUUUGCUCAAAUGAAGUGUCCGUCUAACGUGUUUGUAUAAAUCGCCUUACCUGUAUGGACAAAAAAAAAUCUGAAUGUUACAAAGUAUUUUUUGCCGUUACAAUCCAAAUUGGAGUGAUUUUUCUAAAUACAGCGCCAAAAACUACUCUGACCAAAAUUAAAAGUAGACAUAGUGCCAAAAUUUAGUAUAAAUGCAGUGUUUGCCUGUUUGGGGAAAUACUGUUUAGUGCAGUCCCCUGCCAUAGACUGUGUGAGGAUUAAACUGAAUCAGAUGAACCCCGUCACAAACUUAAAAAACAGAAAAGAAGAAUUAGACUAUUAUCAAAUUAAUAAAAGAGCAAAAUGACUGAAAACUGACUGAAAUGCUAUGUCACCAUUUGAUAAAUUAGGAUUGAUUGCUAAAUUGCUUUCAGCACACAGUUCAUUGUGUGAACAGCGAUAUUACGAGAAAAGAAUGACCCAUAUUUUGUCGGUCUGAAGAAACUUUUAUUUUUCCAAUCGUUUUAGUCAAUGAAAUUUAUGGUAUGCAAAAUGCUUUGAUUUGUAAAUGCGAUAUUGUAAGUAAAUGCAUAAUUAGUUGUUGAGCUUGAUUCAGCCUUUUUUUUAAAUUCAAAGUAUUAUUUUGAAUAAUCUCCCAUGGCGUGCCCUUAUUGUACAAAUCUAUACUUUAUUCUUACAGUAUUUGUGGCACCACAGUGCGGUGGCACCUUAUUCUUUGCGGUUGGGACAAAGCAUGAAAAUAAUUGUGAACGCGUCAGCGAAACAAACAAGCAAACCUUAAAAAGACACAAAAGCUAUUUUUGAGAUGAAACCAAUGGAUGGCACAACGUUCGGCGUGAUUGACCUGUCGCAGCAUUGCUAACCUUCACUGUGUUUUCCAAAUCAUGUUCUGGCAUUAACAUAGUCUGUGUGUGUCAAUGUGUUCUUACAUUCACAUGCAUAGCUAUGUUUACCUUAAAAAAGAAAAUGCAAUAUUUCAUAUAUUUGUCAAAUUGACAUUUUAAAAUACAGGUCAAAUCCUUGAUUCUCCAUGAAUUCAUCUAUUCGUAUUCUUGAAUUGACAGACUCUUUCUUUAGGAGGCACUUUCUCUUCCAAAGCUUGCGUCCGUCUGUGGACAGCGUUGUACUUGACUUAAUACUGUGUGUAACUUGACAGUUGUAGUUACAUACUUGAUGCGUUGGAGGUUGUAAUAUUUGUCAGAGAAAGAUGUGUGAUUACGGAUAGACCACUGUUUACAAUACUGAUGACAAUAAUAACAAUAAUUACACGUUACUGUAAAACUUACGAGCCAACUGAAUGAUGUCUUGUCAUUUCAAAUGUGAUAAAACUCUCUCACACUCAGCAUAUUACAUUUAUCCAGGAAGUAUUGGUGAUCUGUUAAGGUGCAUCCAGGUGUCAAAGACAACACCAGACUUGACAGAGGACUUUCUGUCAUUCACACCUUCUUGUGGUACACUUAAGAAGAACCUUACAGGUACUUCACUAAACGAAAUGCUUUUAUCCAAGUCGAGUGUGCUCUGACAGAGGCUGCAUAUCUCUUGGUGUGCUAAUGAUCGAGCAAACCCGCCUGUGGUCGUUUUCCUCAAAUCAAGCUUGAAUCCAAGUAUGAAAGCUCUAUUUUUCGAUCGACUCGGGAUGGUCUUCUAAUAGAUCAUCAAGACAACAAAACUUCCAUUUCGUGAAAGAUUCAUUUAAUGUCUAACAUACCAUGCUGCUAAGCCUCAAAGCACAAUGCCCUGCAAUCAUGUGAUGUCAAAUUUGGUGGAGCUUGGCGUCUUGAAAGCAAAAAAGAAGAAAAAAAAAAUUCAAAAAAAGGGAAAAUGGAGUGGGAUUUUGAAUACAAUACAGAAACACAACUUUUGCAACAGACCCACAUGUAAUCGACUUUGUGGAACAGGGUGUUGACACUGGAUUUAAUAAGGAAUUCUUGGCAUCUGCAGUAGAGAGUGGGUUGACUGCAGUGGUCAGUAUCUUCACAUUACUCGGAGUACUUGUUGUCUGUGAGUGUUGGUCUCUCUGUCUCAGUGUGCAUAUUGCAGAAAUUGAACUGUGUACCGCCAAAACCCCGCGCAACACCAGUGUAAAGACAGUAAAACAGCACAAUACAGUCAGUGUCUUCUCUGAGAUCUGUUGCUUCCACUUUCACAACUCCCAUGCAGCUAUUUCACGGUGCUGAUUGGAGCUAUUACAGCUGUAAGCAUUCAGUUGGACUUUAUUUGGAGUAAAUUUAAUGUAAAAAAAAAAAAAAAGUAAAAGCAAUCCAAAGCAAUGUUAGCACCAGCGGUAGGGUUGACUAGAAGGCGGUGAUCUGUGGAAAAGCGCAAAAAAAAAAAGAAAAAAAAGAAUGGGUUAUGCCUUUGUAAAUAGUAAACAUGUGGAGACACCCAGCUUCCAUAAGAUGAAGGAUCAUAGAUCACAACAUGGACUGAUGAAUAGUUCUGAACUUGGUAGAUAAAAGUCUCAGAGACGAGUCCCCAGUGUACACAUUUCAGGUUUUGCUUCUCUGCAACUCAGAAUCUCUUAAACGAGAGAUUUGAAUGAAUGUAAAAACCAUGGAUUGUACCAUUUAUAAUUUCUGAUUGUUUGGUUUCAUUUUGUUUUUAUUUUAACAGACAUAAUGCACUUGUAUAUAAGCCAUACCUGUUGUUAAAAUAAACCACUAUUUAUUGAUCAA